AGCCCAAAGUCAGCUGAUGUUAUGGUUUUGUUCCUCUAAAUCCGUUUCUCCUCUCUUCUGAUUUCUUUUUUGAAAUGAUGAACAUAAUACAAGUGUAGAGCAUAGUCAGUAGAAACGAAAAAAGCAAGCAUCAUGGCAUUAGAGGCUAGCGAUUGUGGCUACCGGUUCCUGGUCCUCUUUUUCAACUGUCUGCUGACGUUUGGAUCAUAUUUUUGUUUUGAUAUGCCAAGUGUUUUGCAGACAGAAUUUCAAGGGAAUGUCAGCUGCACGGCCAACAACAUCUCCAACAGCUCUGGCCAUCACAAUAGCUCUGAGGACUGCUGCACGGAUUGUCUUGGCAUGACUCCUGAUGAGUACAAUCUGUUGUAUGCCAUCUAUGCUUGGACUAAUGCCGUGGUUGUCAUUGGAGCAGGAGUUUUGAUAGACAAACUCGGAAACCGAUUUGGUGUGUUCCUGUUUUCCUUCCUGUGUGUGCUUGGAUCCUCCACAUUUGCACUCGGGGCAUAUUUCAGAGGAACGUCUGCUCUUCUACCUGUCAUGCUGAUAGGCCGGCUUCUGUUCGGAUCCGGCAAUGGAUCUCUCACAAUUGUCCAGAACAGAAUCACUGCAUUCUGGUUCCGCGAUAAGGAGCUGGCUCUCGCAUUUGGAAUGACGUUGGCCUUCUCAAGACUUGGAAGUGUACUGAAUUUCUUCUUGACGCAGAAUAUAGAACAGGCCAUAGGACUGCAAUGGACACUGUGGUUUGGUGCUAUGUUAUGUGGCUUGGGCUUUGUAUCUGCCAUCAUCGUCAGUAUCCUGGACAGGUGGGGCAUGAAGCAACUUGGACAAGAUGAUAGUAUGAAAGUUGAAGCAAAGAAAAUGCGUAUCACGGACAUUCGCCACUUCACUGGUAGUUUUUGGUUACUGGUUUUUGCGAUUAUGUUUUUCUACAACGGAGUGUUCCCGUUUGUGGCAGACGCCAGCAAGUUCAUUCAAGACAAGUAUUCUAUCGAUAAGAAGACAUCGUCAUAUUUGGCCGGAGCAGCUUAUGAUGUUUCCAUGAUCCUGUCGCCAUUCCUUGGAGGUGUCAUAGAUAUAAUUGGCAAGCGAGGUAUCUUGGCGUGUAUGUGUGCAGUGCUAACUCUUCCUGUGUUUGGCCUCCUAGCUUUUACGACAGUCUACCCUCUUGUCUCCAUCAUCUGGCUGGGAAUCACUUAUUCUUUUGCAGCUGCUAGUCUGUGGCCUUCCAUUCCCCUCGUAGUGGACCAGUCGACCAUCGGCACAGCUAUGGGUCUAACGACGUCCGUGCAGAUGAUUGGGAUUGGGCUGUGUAAUUUGAUAGUUGGAGAGCUCCUUGGCAAUGGAAAAAACACCAGCCAUGAUGAGACCCUGCAGAAUUGGAAGUAUGUGAUGAUCUUCCUAUUGUGCAAUACGGUAGCCUGUGUCCUCACUACAGUAUUACUUAAUAUAGUGGAUAGGAGAAAGGGUGGUACUCUCAACCAGAGUAGGAGACAGAAACAAGAGGCGAGCAUGAAGAAUGUUGUCGACGAUGAAGCAGAUGAACGAACCCCCAUACUCAAUCCAGCCCAUCUUGCUCCCCCUUACGAUCCCCCACCACUCUAUAAUAGGGGUACAAGCAUUAAUACUUAAAUGAAACUUCAUGACACAAUGUAAGCAAAAAGUAGUAAAGGAGGGAUGUAAGGGUCUACUAAAUGAAACUUCAUGACACAAUGUAAGCAAAAAGUAGUAAGGGAGGGAUGUAAGGGUCUACUGCAUUCCAUUCUGAGUACAGGUGCUAAUUUUCCAUUUUCGGUUCAGGACUUCACUUUUGUAAAUACAAUGUAAUAGCAGGCCAAACUUUUGUUGUGCCAUUUCUGUACUGGUCAGUUGAUAAUGUAAAUAAAACGUACUAAUUUACAAAUAAGAA